ACACGCCCCCCUAACCCUAACCUCCAGUAUAUAAGCUCGGUAUCGCGCUUGCGGAUCGAGCCCUCGCACGCGCGCCGCCGCCUCCCCGACCUCGCCGCCGCUUGCCGCAGACGCCUCCGUUCCAGCCCCCGUCGACGAGAUGACGAAGCGCACCAAGAAGGCUGGAAUUGUUGGCAAAUAUGGUACUAGGUAUGGUGCCAGUUUGCGUAAGCAAAUCAAGAAGAUGGAGGUUUCUCAGCACUCCAAGUACUUCUGUGAGUUCUGUGGGAAGUUUGCCGUGAAGAGGAAAGCAGUUGGAAUCUGGGGAUGCAAGGACUGUGGGAAGGUGAAGGCCGGUGGUGCUUACACCAUGAACACUGCUAGUGCGGUCACUGUCAGGAGCACAAUCCGUCGUCUGAGGGAGCAGACUGAAGCCUGAUUGCACUACGUUUGUGCCGUAAGGAGUCCUGUGAUUCUGUAUCGAGUCAAGACCUAUAUUGGCUGUUGAGCCAAAGCACAUCGUUUAGCAUUUUUGUUCUCUACUUUAGGAUCUCCUAAGCAUGUUGCUAAAACCUGUACUUUGAAGCCAUUGUGAACUUAAAAUCAGUUACCUGCGAUCCAAAUAUUGAAUGAGCGCUUUGCGAUGCAAAACUUGUUUUUUA